ACACGUCGGCGGCGGCGGAACUCCCAUCCGGAUGCUCCAAGAUGGCGUCGGAGGCGGCGGGUGCUGCCGCGGGGGGGAGCGGCGGCCGCUGCUGAGGGGGCUGAGCGGGAGGGUGCAGUGUGGAAGGAGGAACCUACUGACAGCAUCCACUAUUAAUUUAUCAUCUAUCAUCUGACCCUGCCAGAAGGCCACCAUGCAGCAGCCUCCUCAGACUGUCCCAGCAGGAGCUGCAGCUCCACCUCCUGCAGGCAUUGCUCGGAACAUGUACUGGAGAAGCAGCUCCCUCAGCAAACGAGCCAGUGCAACAGCUGCCCCGGUGCAGCCUGUGACAGACCCUUUUGCCUUUGGCAGGCAGACUCCCCAGGCUUCUCCUUUAGAUAAUCCAUCCAAGGGCAAUCCAUUGGUUAUGCAAAGCUCUCCCCCGGGGGCGUUCCCGCAGGCAGCUGCCCUGCACACUUCACUGUCCCGGGCAGGGGACAAUCCUCAUGGACUGCACACACCUUCCUCAGCUCCUGGCUCUCAGCCAGGAGGAAAUGCCAGUACGUUUUCUAAUGUUCCAACCCCUUCACCAUCCCCGGGAUUCGUUCUGAACAGUGCUGCAGAAGUGCAUCCAAAUGCAGAGCUGGGACUCCAUGGGCCUGUAGGACCUUUGCAUUGUAACACAGGAGCAGCAGUUGAAAAUUCUUUCAGUGUGCAUCCUGGAAUGGUGUCUGCAUCAAACAAGCCUGGAGGCAGGCAAGAUGUUGAUAGAGAUCCAAGUGAUGUUCCUUCAGGACCCAGUGCAGCAGCACUCUUCCCUCCACCCCCCCAGCAGCCUGUGUCUCAGUGGAGGCCUGUUCAAGGUAACCUGCAACCUCCAGUUCAAAAUUUUGUGCCCUAUCCUGAGCCAUCUUCUCAGACUGAUGUUCAUAACGUUUCACAGUCUUCUGUUAGCAUGUCUCAUCCUCCUCCACAGACAAAUUUACAGCAGGGUCCUCUACACCAAGGUAUUCCACAAAAUAUCAUGCAAGCACCUUCAUCAGUUGGUUGUGAAAAGAAUGGGAAAAAUGGCUCUGCAAAUAGCAGUCACCACACAAACAGCAUCCAGCCUGGAAAUGUGUUCAGGCAGAACACAGAAGUGACUUGGUUAAAUCAGCCAUACCCAGAACACUUUUACCCACAGCCACCUCUCCAAGACUCCAGUUUGGUUGUUCCCACAGCUCAGGAAAAUAACCCCCAAAACCAGGCUCCUGACAUGUCUGAAACAUCAAAUAGAGCAAUUCCCACGGAUCGAGAUCCAGGAACUCUCUCCAUGUUUUUCAAAGGGGAUGAGGCAGAAAAUGAAGAAAUCCUGUCAUGUGAAAAAACCUACGUGGCUGAGAAAGCAGAGUUUGAGGCUUGUCAGCCAAAUUCAGCAUCUUUGUAUCACCAGCCAGGGCAUCCUCAGUGGGCUGCAGCUAAUGUUCAGUCUCAGGCACAGGCUGGUUCAGGUCCAGCCAGUGAGAUGGUACAGAAAGGAAUGGAUGUCCAGUACUUCCCUAAAAUUGUAAACCAGCAGGAGCCACAGGCUGGUAGGCACUCUCUGUUUGGUAGUGAUGACAAGGCACACAUCCAAGAUGUGUCUGGGCAUGGUGGGACACAGUAUGAAAAUGUUGAGAACCUGGAGUGCAUUCAGAAUCAAGAAGUGCUGCCGAGUGAGCCACAGAACAUGAGUGCUGCAUCCCUUGCUGCUGGUCCUGAGCUCUACAGGUACGGAGCCUUUCCAGGUCAGAUGCUUCCAAAGAAUUCUGUUGUGAGCCAUGCUGAAGGAGGACCAAAUUUGGAGGCACCUGAUUCCUUACCUCACCCUGUCCGACCAGACAGUGUAUCUUCAAACUAUAGCAGCAUCAGCCACAGGAGUGCUUCUGGCUCAGUGAGACAUCAGGAGCAAGUGGGUACAUUUAUUCAGCAAGAGAGUGGGAAGCCUGAUGAGGAGACCUCUGCCAGCUUCUUCAAACAGAUUGACUCCUCUCCUCUGGGAGGUGACUCAAGUGAGCUAAACCUGGGCAAGACCUACCAUGGUAAUCUAUCCCAACCUCCAACUCCAAGUCCUCCUAAACCUACAGGAGUAUUUCAGACAAGUGCAAAUAGUUCUUUUGAACCUGUGAGGUCCCACGGAGUUGGGAUAAAACCUGCAGAGAUUGACCAAGCAAAGAUGGUGGUUGAAUUAAGAGAGAACCACUCAAACCAAAAGCAUAUCAAGAAGAAUACAGCUGUGCCAGCUGCAUCCCCAGGAAACCUUGAACAGCCACCAGAUAAUCUGGAAACUAUUUUUAUGCCUCAGGUACACCCACUGCCCCUUGCAGUCACUGGUGAAGCUGGAAAUACAUUGCACUCUGGGCCUGUUAUGGAAAACAUACACUCAGUAUCUGAGAGAAGGUCCUCAACAAGAGCUCAGGGAGUAGUUAAGAAGUGUGAUAGCCCAGCAACAACUUUAUGGGCUCAGAAUGAGUUGCCUAAUUUUGGGGGAAAUGUUCUUCUAGCUCCUGCUGCUCCUGCAGUGUAUGUACCUGCCAAACAAACUGUAGAAGUCAUUCAGCCGCCAGAAGAAGGCCUGUCUAAUCAGCAGCUGAGUAAACCAGGGACUAUGGCUGUGCCACUUGCCCAAGAUGGAAACAUAGCUUCUGAAAAUCUUGAGAAUCCUCCCAAAAUGGGAGAAGAGGAGGCACUUCAGUCUCAGGUGACAAAAGAUGUGCAGCAUCAGGCUGUGUCAGACAGAGCUUUACAGGGAACAUUGCAAGCAGCUCAGGUGGAGCAGCCGACAUCUUCUGGGCAGCCCUCAGUUCCUCAGAGCUACCAGGUUGCUGCAGGGACUAAAGCCAUGCAGGCAUCCCAGAGCCAGGGGCUGAGUAACCAUCCCCAGGAGGCAGGUUCAGCACAGCUGACAGCAAGGGGUGAGCAGACCAGUCCUGAGAAGCAGCCAGUGCCUGGACAGCCAGCGGGUGCUCCAACUUCCACAGCUCCAACUUCCACAGCCCCUCUUUCCAGCACCACUCAGUCAGCCAUACCAAGUGUGCAGCAAGACCUGCAGCAUCCACCCCUGCCUCAGACUCCUCAGGAUGCCUUUGGUCCACCCCAGAACCCUUACUACUACUACAGACAUCCAUAUGAUGCUUACCAGCCUCCAUACCCACCACCUUAUCCUCCUGCAGAUCCCAGAACAGCUCAUCUCUAUUACAUGGAGGACACCUAUGGGCAGUAUGACCCCCGGUACCGGCACUACGACACCGGCACCGCCUACAUGGACCCUGGCAGCUACCGCUACCCCGAGCCUGAGCGCCCCAGCUCCAGAGCCAGCCACUGCUCUGACAGGCCUGCCUCUAGGCAAGGGUAUCCUGAAGAUUAUUGCACAAAAAGUGGAUGGAGUGAUUACUAUCCAGGCUAUUACCCAAACUCAUAUGAUUAUGGAGAUCCAAGCCGCUGGGAACGUUACUCAUCUGCAUACAACUCCAGGUACAGAGAUCCUAGAAGUUAUGAUCAGAGGUACUGGUAUGAUUCUGAACACAACCCUUACCAGAAGAGAGAAGCAUUUCCCUAUGGCAACAGACGAGACCUCUAUGAAGAUAACUGGAGGUAUGAUCCUCGUUUUACUGGAAGCUUUGAUGAUGAAUCUGAGCCCCACAGAGAUCCCUACGGUGACGAAUUCGACCGCCGCAGCGUCCACAGCGAGCACUCGGGUCACAGCCUGCGCAGCUCUCGCAGUGUUCACAGCCACCACAGCAGCUUCAGCUCUCGUUCUCAACAAAGCCAGCUGUACAGGAGUAACCAUGACCUAACGGCUAACACGUAUGAACCUACUGCCCAGGCAGUGUCACUCCACCCCGAUUACUCCUACGGCGGAUACGAUCCCAACUUUGAUGGACAACAGACUUUUACAGAAUAUGGCUACCCGACUGAGGCUGGAUGGGCAGCUGUAGAACAAGCACCUUUAAGGCCCUCAACACCUGAGAAAUUUUCAGUGCCUCAUAUCUGUGCUAGGUUUGGUCCUGGGGGCUUCUUAAUAAAAGUGCUGCCAAAUCUGCCUUCAGAAGGACAGCCAGCUCUGGUUGAAAUACACAGUAUGGAGACUAUGUUACAACAUUCUCCAGAGCAAGAAGAGAUGAGAGCAUUUCCUGGUCCUCUUGCAAAGGAUGACACCCAUAAAGUGGAUGUUAUUAAUUUUGCACAGAAUAAAGCUGCACAGUGCUUUAAGAAUGAAAAUUUAAUUGAUAAAGAAUCUGCGAGUCUGCUUUGGGACUUUAUUGUGCUCUUGUGCAGGCAGAAUGGGACAGUUGUGGGAACAGACCUGGCUGAACUUUUGCUGCGAGAUCAUAAAACCGUGUGGCUUCCUGGCAAGUCCCCUAAUGAGGCAAAUUUGAUUGAUUUCACUAAUGAGGCUUUGGAACAAGCAGAAGAGGAAUCUGGUGAAGCCCAGCUCUCAUUUCUCACUGACAGUCUUAUAACUGCAAUUGACAGUCUGGAGAAGGAAACAGAGAGGUUCAGAGAGCUGCUGCUUUAUGGCCGCAAGAAGGAUGCUUUGGAGUCUGCCAUGAAGCAUGGUUUGUGGGGUCAUGCUCUGCUACUUGCCAGCAAAAUGGACAGCAGAACACAUGCAAGAGUUAUGACCAGGUUUGCCAACAGUCUCCCAAUUAAUGACCCUCUGCAGACUGUGUACCAGCUGAUGUCUGGAAGGAUGCCAGCUGCUUCCACGUGCUGUGGAGAUGAGAAAUGGGGAGACUGGAGGCCUCACCUAGCAAUGGUGUUAUCCAACUUGACCAAUAAUGUGGACUUGGAAUCCAGGACCAUUGCUACCAUGGGAGACACUCUUGCUUCUAAAGGCCUGCUGGAUGCUGCUCAUUUUUGUUACCUUAUGGCCCAAGUUGGUUUUGGAGUUUACACAAGGAAGAUAACAAAGCUUGUCUUAAUUGGAUCAAAUCAUAGCUUACCAUUUUUUAAGUUUGCCACCAAUGAAGCUAUUCAAAGAACAGAAGCCUAUGAAUAUGCACAAUCAUUAGGAACUCAGCCUGGCUGCUUACCCAAUUUCCAGGUUUUCAAAUUCAUCUAUGCCUGCCGACUGGCUGAGAUGGGGCUUGCUGCCCAGGCUUUCCAUUAUUGUGAAGUCAUUUCCAGAACUGUCCUUAAAGAUCCACGUUACUAUUCCCCUGUCCUUAUUGGCCAGCUAAUCCAGAUGUCAUCACAGCUACGCCUGUUUGACCCCCAGAUAAAAGAAAAGCCAGAACAGGAAUCUUUUAUUGAGCCUUCCUGGUUAGUGAGGCUUCGACACCUGGAUGGACAGAUCAAGGAGGGUGCAAUAGCUUAUAACACAGACAGAUCCACCCCACCACCAUAUGGCUGUAGCACACCCAGCUCAGAAUUAGACCACGCCAGUCAGUGUGACGGAGCAGGACCUGGCCGUGACCUGGCUCCAGGUGCUGAAAAUCCUUUGUUAGCAUCCUUGUUACCCAAUAUGGCUCAAAGUGUGCAACUGAUGCCUUCAGUACCUCAGGCUGUCCUUGAUGGCUCAGCUGCUAUGAUUCCUCCUGGUGACCAGGAAGCUCCCCAGAGUGUCCCAUUCUAUCCAGUGGCUUCUCAGCCUGUUGGUCCAGGACCUGGCUUUGUACCUCCAGGAUUUACAAAUCCAUAUGGAACUGAACCAUCACCAAUGUAUUCAGGGUCAGCACUACCACCAGGAGGACCACCACAAGAAAUUGACCCACAAUCAGAAGAGCAGCCAAACCUGGAAACAGGAAUGCAGAGAAUUGCCCCAGAGUCUGCUUCACAAAACUCUUUUCCUGAUCAAAGAGAGGAGGAUUUCUAUGGCAGAAUGGCAAGCAUGGUACCUUUAUUACUUGUGUCUCUUCAGCAAAUGUCAGCUGCAUUGCAAAUCUUUGCCAACACAAGAGUUUGCUUGGGUUCCAUUUUGCUCUUCAACAAGACUUGA